CCCCAUAAUAUUUAGUUUCCAUCCCCCAUCGUCCUGAAUUCGUCCCGCAAGCAGUACACGUAUUUCCGAAACAAAGAAAGAUUACCAACUCAAAGACUAAACAGUAAAACGUCCUAUAAAGGAAGAAAAAAAUAAUUCAACUUUCCAUCCCCAUUUUCCUCGUAAAUAAUCUUCCAUAUAAAUCCUCCAAUUCUGCAGUAUAUAUAUUGUCGCAAGUACAUCAAACAAGAACACAGACUAAUUAAGCUCCAAAACAACAAUGGCGAUCCCAAAACCCACAUUGGUUCUGUCACUCUUGGCACUUCUGUUUUCGAUAGCUUCCCUCUCGGCCCACGCCGGCGUCAGCAUCCGGCUGGCCGGCCCAGACAUCGCGGCCAUAUGCGACAAGAGCCUCGACCGCCAGUUCUGCCUCAACUACCUGCAAUCCACCCCCGGAAUCUCCGCCGCCGACCUCAAGGGCUCCGGCCUCAUCGUCCUCAACUCGGCACGUGCCGAAGCGUCCGGCACCGAGAGCUACGUCAAGGGCCUGCUGGCCAAGGCCGCGAAUCCAAAGCAGAAGGAGGCGUACAAGACGUGCCUGAGCAACUACGACGACGCCGUCGGCAACAUCGAGGCGGCGAGGGAGUCGAUGAGCGGCGGCGACUACAACGGGGCCAACAUCCAGGCUUCGGCGGCGCAAGAGAACGCCGACACGUGCGACGGAGGGGUGAAGGGGACGGAGCUGUCGGGCAAGAAUCAGCAUCUCGUUAAGGUUCUGGGGAUCGUUUUGAUCAUUGCCAAUAGGUUGCUGGGAGGUUGAUUCUGCGUUUUUGUUGUGGUUCGGGAUUUUGUUCUUAAUUUUGUUUUUUUGUUUUUCGUAGAGUAAUAAUGGGACAUAAAGUUGCCGGGGAUUUCUAGUAUUUUGGUGCAUAUGUAGAUUUAUUUACAGUGAUUGGUAUUUUCCGUAGCAAAUUAGUAUGAGAUUGAUUGGCUUGAUCUCCAUUCCAUGAUGGCGGUUAAUUGACGGCAAUUAAUUAGUAUGCCUUAAUGAAGUGGUGCCUGAUCA